CUUCACCAAGCCCACUGUUUUUACUUUCUUUCUCCCCACCAUUUCCCAAAACAGAUUCCUAGUAGUCGAUCCUUAAAAAGUUUACCAUAUCUUUUCUAUUUUUAUGCUUGAUCUUUUCUAAAUUAAGAUAACAACCUAGUAAGUUUUAAGGAUUCUGCCGCAGUAACUUCGAUUUGCACUAAACUAAACCUAUGAGGAGAGGGGCAUCACAUAUCACAUAUAAGAGCCAAAUCACGGCGACAUUCUCAAAUCACAUUAAAAUAUAGUGCCCAGUCCGUGAGACUGUGAGAGUUCAUAUCACGGCUCUGACACUGACACAUAACGCACGGGAUCCCUACUCUCUUCUCUCGUUUAUUGAUUCUCCCAUGAAUUAUUUUUAGCAAGCCAUUAAGGUUAUCGUCAGAAAGUUUAGAUUUUUAUUACUAUUAUUAUUUUCCAUCGUUUCAUCAGUGAUCACACCAUGAUUUGCACCGUGAAACAACCCGCCAUAUCGAUCAGAGUUUCUGAUAUUUUCCUACGUAAGAAGGGUUUACCUUCAACCCCAGUUCAGUCAUGUUCCAUUGUUUCACCUUCUUCCCUCCCGAGGGAAAAAAACUCUCUGAGAUCAUUGGUGUCAGUGCAAAAGCCACUGCACCUUUCUCGAGUUGGUUUUGGAGAUUUUGUUGGGUCUCUGGUAAGGCGUGAGCGUGGUGAUUUCGUGACAUGUGAUGCUUAUGAGGCUGAUAGAUCAGAGGUUGGAGGGGCUCCAUCAAAGGCUGCUAAGAAGGUGAAGAUUGGGAUAUACUUUGCAACAUGGUGGGUUCUGAAUGUGGUGUUCAAUAUUUAUAACAAGAAGGUUCUGAAUGCAUUCCCAUACCCUUGGCUUACCUCAACUCUCUCCCUUGCAUGUGGCUCUCUCAUAAUGUUGUUCUGUUGGGCCACCAAGAUAGUUGAGCCUCCUAAGACUGAUCUUCAGUUCUGGAAGGAUUUGUUCCCUGUUGCUGUUUUACAUACAAUAGGACAUGUAGCGGCAACUGUUAGCAUGUCAAAAGUUGCCGUAUCAUUCACCCAUAUUAUUAAGAGUGCUGAGCCUGCUUUCAGUGUAAUGGUUUCCAGACUACUGGGCGAGGAAUUCCCAGCACCAGUCUACCUGUCUUUGAUUCCAAUUAUUGGUGGAUGUGGACUUGCAGCUGUGACUGAGCUCAAUUUCAACAUGAUUGGUUUUAUGGGGGCUAUGAUAUCGAAUUUGGCAUUCGUACUCCGUAAUAUCUAUUCAAAAAAGGGCAUGAAGGGAAAGGAUAUUAGUGGAAUGAAUUACUACGCUUGUUUAUCUAUGUUGUCCCUUGUAAUUCUCACACCAUUUGCGAUUGCUGUGGAGGGACCACAGAUGUGGGCAGCUGGAUGGCAAACAGCACUCUCUCAAAUUGGACCCCAAGUUAUAUGGUGGGUGGCAGCUCAAAGCAUAUUUUAUCAUCUGUACAAUCAAGUGUCGUACAUGUCUCUGGAUGAGAUCUCUCCCUUGACAUUUAGCAUUGGAAACACCAUGAAACGUAUAUCUGUUAUAGUUUCUUCAAUCAUUAUAUUCCACACACCAGUUCAGCCUAUUAAUGCUCUAGGAGCUGCUAUUGCCAUCUUUGGAACCUUCUUGUAUUCACAGGCAAAUCAGUAGGGUUGAGGAGUUGAGAAUUAUCCACUAACUUCUUUACAUGUGGUCAUACAAGGCCACCGAUAAGGACGUUAAUUUUGGAAUGUGGUUGCUGGAUUAUGGUAAAGACUAGAUGAUCCAGCUUUCUGCCUAAUUGUAUACAAUAAUUAAUAAUGAUGAGACUGCUGAGGAACAUUAUCAUUAGAGAUUAUUAGUUUUUUGACCCACCCUCCCUCUAUUUCUGAAUUAUCAUUAAGUUUGAGGAAUAAACUUGUGUAUUUGUUUAGUCUGAGGAUAAUUUCUCUAGACAUGGCAUAUUAUAAUAAGGUUUUCUUAAUGAUAAUAUAAGUAUGGUUAUCUGUUUAA